CAGCAUCCGGAGCCGCCCUAGCCGGCACCGCGGCAGCCACAGCCUGGGAGGGAGAAAGGAAAGAGGGAGGGCGGCGGGAAAGGCUUGGCGCGGGAGGAGGGCGGGUGAGGAGGAAAUUAGCUAGGGGGAGGGAGCCUCUCUCCUCUGUGGUGCCGCUCGUCUCCCUCCGGCGGGCGGCGACUCCGGGUUCCCCCUCGCGCCCUCACGACGCUACUCGCCCCCUUCCCCCCCCCACCGUCCCUGAGAGCGCGGGCGGCGGCGGUGGGCGUGUGCGCGCGCGAAGGACGCCGCCUCUCUCUCGCUCCUGCGUUCGCAGGCGGCGGCUGGCGGCCGGCUUCUCGCUCAGGCAGCAGCUGCGGCGGCGGCGGCUUCCGGAGUCCCGCUGCGAAGAUGCUCAAAGUCACGGUGCCCUCCUGCUCCGCCUCGUCCUGCUCUUCGGUCACCGCCAGUGCGGCCCCGGGGACCGCGAGCGUCGUCCCGGAUUACUGGAUCGACGGCUCCAACAGGGAUGCGCUGAGCGAUUUCUUCGAGGUGGAGUCGGAGCUGGGACGGGGUGCUACGUCCAUUGUGUACAGAUGCAAACAGAAGGGGACCCAGAAGCCUUAUGCUCUCAAAGUGUUAAAGAAAACAGUGGACAAAAAAAUCGUAAGAACUGAGAUAGGAGUUCUUCUUCGCCUCUCACAUCCAAACAUUAUAAAACUUAAAGAGAUAUUUGAAACCCCUACAGAAAUCAGUCUGGUCCUAGAACUCGUCACAGGAGGAGAACUGUUUGAUAGGAUUGUGGAAAAGGGAUAUUACAGUGAGCGAGAUGCUGCAGAUGCUGUUAAACAAAUCCUGGAGGCAGUCGCUUAUCUACAUGAAAAUGGAAUUGUCCAUCGUGAUCUCAAACCAGAGAAUCUUCUCUAUGCAACUCCAGCCCCAGAUGCACCACUCAAAAUCGCUGAUUUUGGACUCUCUAAAAUUGUGGAACAUCAAGUGCUCAUGAAGACAGUAUGUGGAACCCCAGGGUACUGCGCACCUGAAAUUCUUAGAGGUUGUGCCUAUGGACCUGAGGUGGACAUGUGGUCUGUAGGAAUAAUCACCUACAUCUUACUUUGUGGAUUUGAACCAUUCUAUGAUGAAAGAGGUGAUCAGUUCAUGUUCAGAAGAAUUCUGAAUUGUGAAUAUUACUUUAUCUCCCCCUGGUGGGAUGAAGUAUCUCUAAAUGCCAAGGACUUGGUCAGAAAAUUAAUUGUUUUGGAUCCAAAGAAACGGCUGACUACCUUUCAAGCUCUCCAGCAUCCGUGGGUCACAGGUAAAGCAGCCAAUUUUGUACACAUGGAUACCGCUCAAAAGAAGCUUCAAGAAUUCAAUGCCCGGCGUAAGCUUAAGGCAGCGGUGAAGGCUGUGGUGGCCUCUUCCCGGCUGGGAAGUGCCAGCAGCAGCCAUGGCAGCAUCCAGGAGAGCCACAAGGCUAGCCGAGACCCUUCUCCAAUCCAAGACGGCAACGAAGACAUGAAAGCUAUUCCAGAAGGAGAGGAAAUUCAAAGCGAUGGGGUCCAAGCCGCAGUUAAGGGGGCACAGGCUGAGCUGAUGAAGGUGCAAGCCUUAGAGAAAGUUAAAGGUUCAGAUAUAAAUGCUGAAGAGGCCCCCAGGAUGGUGCCCAAGGCAGUGGAGGAUGGGAUAAAGGUGGCUGACCUGGAACUAGAGGAGGGCCUAGCAGAGGAGAAGCUGAAGACUGUGGAGGAAGUAGCAGCUCCCAGGGAAGGGCAAGGAAGCUCUGCUGUGGGCUUUGAAGUUCCACAGCAAGAUGUGAUCCUGCCAGAGUACUAAACCAGCUUCCUUCAGAUCUGGAAGUCAAACACCGGCAUUUUAUGUACUUUGUCCUUCAGCAAGGAAGGUGUGGAAGCAUGAUAUGUACUAUAGUGAUUCUGUUUUUGAGGUGCAAAAAAAAUACAUAUAUACCAGUUGGUAAUUCUAACUUCAAUGCAUGUGACUGCUUUAUGAAAAUAAUAGUGUCUUCUAUGGCAUGUAAUGGAUACCUAAUACCGAUGAGUUAAAUUUUGCAAGUAAACACAACAUAACACUUAAAAACAUACAUUUUCAGCAACCAGUGGCACAUAUUUGAAGUGAAUAGUAGCAAAUUGUUUUUGCUUUGAAAACCUAGCCAUCCUACAUCCUUUGGAUUUCUUCACAAGGCAGUAAUUCCUUUGAACAACUGCUUAGCUAAUAUUAGGCAGUGCUAAAAGACAUGUUCCCGUAAGUUUUACAACAUUUUACUUUUUAUCAUUGAUGGGUUCAAACUGUUUACAAGGAGAUGCUUGUAGAUAUAGUUGUACACAUGUGCAAAAAAAAAAAAAAAAAAAAAAAAUCCACUUGCAAUGGUAAGAAAUUGAAGUAUCCUUUAAAGGCCAUGAAGCCAUAUGUCCCUAAAGCUUGUGUGUGGAGAAUGCUUUAUUUUAUUCUUAUUUAUAAUAACCAAAAUGUUCUAAGAUUCUGCCAUUUUACAACCAUGGAGGAAGUAAUUUACAAACUCAUGCUGAGUUUCAUUCUUUCCUUCACCUGCUCUCCAAUAAGAUGACUUUCUGAUAGACAAAGCUUAGGGCGUAAUAAAGAAACAGGGAAGAAAAGAAGGUAAGACUGUACUUAAACUGAUGAAAAUAAGAUUGAUUCCUUUUCAUUUUCCAGAUAAAAUUGUAUUUACUCAUGAAUUUAUACAAAUUUACAGAUAAGAACAUUUUAAUGGAUAAACUCUAUAAUUAUCAAGGUUCAAAUAUUUACAAAAAUCUAUUUCACAGGUUAGUGCCAAAAUGUCUUAAUAGAGUAGGAAUAAUAUUCUGUUAUAAGAUUAUUAAUUAUCAACUUUAAUAGAGUAAGAAAACAUUAUUCUUUACCAAAGCUCUUUUUUUAUCCAAUUGAUGGUUGUUGACACAUAUCACUUAUAAACUGAAAUUCUUUAUGAAAAGCUAGUAUGUCUUUUUCUCAUAUUUGGAAUGAAAGUACCCACAUUUUACAAUGUAGUAUUGAGAAUGUGCCUGCGAAGAAAUUUAGCACAAUGCAAUUUAUUUACCUUAAAAAACAAACAAAAACAAAAAUAAAGAAAAAUACAGAUUUCAAAUCAGUCUCUUUUAAAAAGCUGGAACAUUAGACCUAAUAUUUUAUUAUGAUUUUUCCCAGAAUAAAUAUAAUUUCUCCUUGACUUUCAUAGAAACACUUUCCCCUUAUAGAAAUUGCACUAAGUAUCUCCAAUUUAUUUCUAGUUUGAGUUGAAAUGAAUAUUUUAUCAGAUUAAUUAUGUGUCUAUUUUUGGUGGGUUAAUUUUAAAAAGAAUUCAUUUUAAAAAAUAAUUAUUUUCAGAGACCAAAUUAAAGACAAUAAAAAAUGACCAUCACAUAAAAUUCCUCAUUAAAAAAAGAGAUCUUAAAUUAUGUUGGCUGUCCCUCAAAACUAUUAAAUUAGAAAAUGAAAUUAAAGCUCCAGGUUGUAGAGGCUGUUGGACUUCAGUUGACAUUCUUCUUUUCAAUCACAAAUCUCCCUCUACUACUAUUCUCAUGGGAAGGAAACAAGGUAGGACUUCUUCUCUUUCAUAGUUUAAGAAUCUAACAGGUCAUUGAUAUGGAGCCCCUGAAGAGGCACAACAUCUGGGCUCAGAAGGUUAUUUUUUGUUUUGUUUUAUUUGUACUAUCUAGUAGAGAGCACUUUUCUUAUUCCCUCUUUCCUUCCUUCCUCGUUUAAUUAUUCCCUCUCAGAAUUCCCAUGUUGUCCGUUAUAAGGGGCUCACUGUUUUUAACCUUUAAGAAUGCCUUCUUUAUUAAGCAUUAAGAUUUCCAUUUAAGAGGAUCCAUUUCCUGUUGUACUUUUUACCACGAGACUGAACACACACACACACACACACACACACGUAUGUAUUGGAAGAGCAAAGAGAGGGAAGGGGGUCUUGUUAGAAAGUGGCACUUAGCUGAAAGAUCAGAACACAUCAUUCCCCUGCUCACCCCCAUAUGUUCCAAGGGCAGUUGUUACAUUAUUCCCACACUACGGUAGGGCUGACUGCAUUCGUUGGCCCUGUGAACUAUAGAAACAACAUUGCAAAUACCUUGGCCAAUGUGUAUUUUAGAAUUUACUAAUUUAAAUGAGUGCAUAUUACAACUCCUCGACAUGAGUACUCAAGAGUUGAGGAUAAUUCCCUCUAUCUUUUUAAACCUAUAAACUAUAUUUUUUAAAAAUCAAUGGGAGUUUUAAAUUUUGACUCAUGUUAGAGAUUAGAUUCUGAUAAUGACUAUAUAGUGACUAAUUUCAUUGUUUCAGUAGGAAACAAGUCAAGCUUUCAAAAACGUUGGUCAUUUCAGUCAAAUUAUUCAAAGAUUUCAUAUAUAUACAUCCUAAGUUAGGAUAUUUAUGUUAACAUUUUUGAAAGAACAGCCAAUGUUUAUAUUGCUUGUUAAAAUGGAAUGUAUUGUCUAUCUCAAAGAUUACUUAGCUAAAUAAUAGUAGACAGAGAUUUAAUUUAACAAAAUACUUCAUAAUAUCACUCCUAAUUGGCAAUAUAGUCACAAAGCAAAAUAAUUAAAAUUUCAGCAAACAAUAAAUUACAUUUUGCAUUUUAGAGCUAACAAUUAUCACAUUACAUUAUGGGUUUUUAUUUUGAGAUAAGUUCAGAUAUAUAGCAUAAACUAGGUUUUGUUAUUUUUUUCUUUUAACCAUGAAGGACAGUCUUGAAUUAUUUCCCCCAUUAACAAAGUCUAAUUGGAAUCCAGUAUUUUUUCUCAAACUGUAAUUUCACUUGUCCCAGGACACAUAAAUAGGUAAAAAUUAGAAUAAUAUGGUUGUAGAACUUAACUGUCCACAACAAGUGCAUUAUAUAAAUAUAAAUAUAAUGCAAGCACGUCAUUUAAGAUUUUCUAUUAGUCACAUUUUAAGAAAAAUAGAUGAAAUUAUAGUAUUUUUAAUCCAAUUCAUCCAAAUUAUUCUAUCAAUAUGUAGGUAAUAUUAAAAUUUAAUUAGAUAUUUUGAAUUCUUUAUUUUUAUACUGUUUUCAAAAUCAGGAGUGUAUGUUAGGCCUUUGGUACAUCAAGCGCUCAAUAGUCACAUGUGGCUAGUGGCUACCUUAUCAGACAGCAGUGGUCUAGAUACUUUUUAUUUUAAGCAAAGUGACACUUGAAGUUCUAUGCUUAGAUUUAAGUGGCCUGUUUUCACAUUGAGGAGCUGGUGGGAGGCCAAAAAGAAAGUGUUUCAGAAAUGUUACCCACUGAGUAAAAGCUUAUUGAUCACUCCUGCCCAUUCAUGUGCUUCAGAGGGGAAAGGAUUCCUAACAUGACUUCAAGGAACAACAUUUUCCUGGGCAUUACAAAUUAUCUCCUGACUAAUCCCUCUGAUUCCUGAUGGGCCCUGGAGUCUUGACUACAGCCUAGAGUCUCCUGAGUACUGCCAUGAUGCCAAUAGUAUUCUUGCUUACCAAAAUCUACUGUCAGCCAACCAUGUGUCUUUAUUCAGGAAGGACUGCACACAGAAUCUGAUUUUGAGGCCUGGAUUAAGCUGCAUGCCAUCCUUGUAUCACAGGCAGUUUGUAUUUCUGGAAGUCUACUGAACUAUACAAAAUCUGCAUGAUGAAGAUUGUGUAAUGAUGGUGAUAUCAUGCCAGUUAUCCUCAAAAUGGGAAUAUGACCAUUAGCUGGCAUUUUUAGAUUUCCUUAGAAGGGUUUAAUCAACACUGCCAUUACGCAUGGAUUUAACAAAAGACUUUUGAAAAUUUUUUACAUACUGAUUUUAGAAUAAUCCUCAAGGUUCUAUAGUCAUUUUUAGUGGAAGACUUAAAAAGAAAGGAACAAUUUUUACUGUGACUUCAAUUUCAUAGUAUUUUAAACAUAUUUUGUAAUUCGGAAUGUUUAGCAAUCCCUGUGUCCUGUUUCACAUGCAUGGUACCUGAUAGUGGGUUACCUACAGGCUGAAGAUUUGGAGAGAGCCGUUGUGUUUCAUAAAUCAGUUUUUAUUGCACAGAAGCAGCUGGUUGUAUGUCAAGUUGGAAAAAGAAAAGUAAAUGCCAGAAAAGGCAAAGGAUAAACUUAGUAAGCCAUUUAUUUUGUUUUAGAAUUGUUUUUGCAAAGCAAAUUUUUUUUUAAAAAAAAAGGCCAACAAAGUGAAUCAGCACUAGCAUUUUCUUGAUGAAGGUUGAUUCAAUGUAUAAUUAACAAAUAUACAUAGCAGAGUCAAUCAUAGUGCCAUUAUGUCACUUAUUUGUCAUUGCAAAGUAUUCAGUCUUGUUGUCUAGAUUGACUUUAGAUGGUGCAAAAUUUCCAGACAGUAACCUAUGUAAAAGGAUUUGUAAUUUCCUUGUAAUUCCUGCCUAUUAGUCCAUAUUCUAAUUUCCUUAUGUUCAUCACUGAUAUGUUCCUGAUCAGGGUCAUUGCUAGUAGUUGAGCACUUACUGGUUGAACACUGUUUAAUGGUUAGAUGUUAUGUGUGUCUGCAUUUAAAAAAAAUAUGUACAUGUUAUUUCAUUAUUGAUAUUAUAAUAUUCAUAACCACAUGAUAAACAGAAAUGUACUCAAUAAUUUCCUAUAAAAUUUUCCAAAGUGCUUUUAUUCCCCUGACACACUCAGGGUGAAUUUUUGGCUCCUUGGCAAAUUAAAAAAAAAAAAGGAGUGAGACCACUGGAGAGAAAUCAGCCAGCCACCCACAGUAACCAAGUUCAGCAUUUCCUCUUUCUGUAUUUUGAUCAAUAUAUUAAGAGCAAGUUUUGUCAUUAUUACUCCUUGUGGAUAUUACCUGAAAUCAAAUAAUAUAAUCUCAGCUCAUAGAACUUAGCCAUUUCUAUACUUAUCUUGGAGAGCAAUAACAAACUUGAUUAAUUUAUGUUUGGUUGUUUAAAAUUCCAACUUUCAUAUAUGCUCUGUGAUGUACUCAAGACAAUUGGAUUGUGUGAUAUUAACUUCAAGAACUCAGUCUGUUUCCUGUCAUCUGGAUCAGAAGUCCACCAGGGCAAAAUAGAAGCCUUGCCGAGAAAGUGACCCAUCUUACUCCUUCAAAGGAAUCAGAUAUUGCUCUAGAGAAGACUCCAGGCAUUGACCUGGUUGAGCUCAAAUGAGCCAAGUGGGAGAAAACCUCUUCUCAUCCUCUGAUUGAAAGUGAUACAAUUUGAAUAUUGGUAUAUUGUCAUUGGUCAAUAAUGGAAAAAUGAGAUUCCACCAGUGGGUUGCUCCUUUCCUUUCUUGGUUUGCUAUGCCUUAUCCCAGAUCAGUGUUUUGUUCCGUCCCUAUGGCCAUCAGGCUUGUCCUCUAAAGCCCUGACAGGAGCAUCCCAGACUGGAGAAAUGCAGGGUAUUUGUGGCCCAGAAUUUUGUUUGAAACUCUAACAGCAAUGCUAAGACUGCACAAUUACACUAUUGCUAAACAGUUGUUUUCAGCUCAUUUUGAAGACUGACCUGGAAAACACAUGGAUAUAGAAUAUAUACAUUUAAUCUUUGCUUCUGAUUCAUUGUGUCAAAAAUGACAUUUAAUCUUCACUCUGAUUAAUCUUUAUUUUCAAUAUAAAAGAUUUCAGGCUGCUUAAAUACAGGACUUUAUAUUCCAGUUUUUGAAAGCUAUUGUUUUCCCUAAGCUCUCUCUCAACUCUGACAGUUUGUGAAUGAUAAAAAUUUACUAGGUUUGUCCUUUCCUUGAUAGAUGUAGAGCAGUUCAUCUGUUUUGUAAAGGUACAAUUAAGUAUAACUAUAGGCUGGGGAUAAUGGCUCACGCCUGUAAUCCCAACACUUUGGGAGGCCGAGGUGGGCGGAUCACCUGAGGUCAGGAGUUUGAGACCAGUCUGGCCAAUGUAGUGAAACCCCUAAUACAAAAAUUAGCUGGACGUGGUGGCACGCGCCUGUAAUCUCAGCUACUCAGGAGGCUGAGGCAGGAGAAUCUCUUGAAGCCGGGAGGCAGAGGUUGCAGUGAGCCAAAAUUGCGCCACUGCACUCCAGCCUAGGCAACAAGAGCGAAACUCCAUCCAAAAAAAAAAUAUAUAUAUAUACACACACACACACAUUUUUAAUAUACAUGAUUAUAAAUUGAACAGUAUCAUCUCACACUGCCUCCUUUUAACCUGACCUAUUUGAUAUGCCUACAAUACAGUUAAUAUGCAACAGUAUAGAGAACAAAUAGCAUAUUCAUAAUUUGUGAUUUUGUUUUUCUGUUUGUUACCCUUAAGUCUCAGUAAUAUUUUUAAAGUCCUCCAUAAGCCAAAAGAACGUUGUAACAUGUCCAUUUACUAAGUAGUUAGGCCUAAACAUUGUAAUGCUAGUCCAUUCCAUGUCCAACAGAUGUUGCUGUGUUUCCUUCAACAUUUUUAAAUGUGAGUUUAGUGAGUGGGUACAGCUGAGUUGGGGUUUCAGUAAUUUCUUAUGCCCAAUGAACUAAAGGUAUCAGUAAAAGGGAUUAUUAGUAAACAAAUUAGUUAUUUAUGCUCUUACUUGUUUGAAUGUCAUUCAUUUUAUCUCUCGUCUUUGAGAUACACACAUUAAAACUUAUGUGUGUAUUUUUUUAAAGAGUAAUUUCCACAUAAUUCCCCAAGAACUGAACUCGAAUUUCCAAAAAACAGUUUUCAGAACUCAAGCAACCUAUGAUUCACGGAGCAAAUCUACCAAAGCUCCAUUUUUAUUGGAACACAGGCAUGCUCAUUUAUGUACAUAUUGUUUGUGGCUGCUUCUGUGUUGCCAAGGCAGAGUUGAGUACUUUCAACAGAGGCCAUAUGAACCGCAAAGCCUAAAAUGUUUAUCUGGCCCCUUACAGUAAAACAAUGACCCUGGGUUUUCAUGGCACCCCAGUGCCUUUUUGGUGACCUGCAGGAAUACAGAUUCCUAUAUUCCAGUUUUUUUUUUCCUUAGCUUAAGGUUCGUAUUCCCAUUUGCUUCUUAGGAAGUUAGGAAAAUCUUGUUUUGUGUUGCAGAUGCUCUCACAACGGUAAUUGUGCUGGAGAUACAACUUAGUGAAAUUUUCCUAUAGAACUAAAAACUCAAAAUUGCAUCACUCCUGAAAAAAAGAAAUUUAGAGUAUGAACUGAGUUGGUUGAGAGUGGAAUUAAACAGAUUUCUAGCACUUUGAGCAUGUUUUAGAAAUUUGAUCCUUACAUUUAAAAUUAUGUAAAUGACGUCUUUCACUGGCAUUUGCUCACAUUUAAGUCAAUCUACAGCUGUUACUUACUAAGCUAAGAAAUGAGAAGAUCCCGUUGGUUCUGAAUCUCUCAUAAUAUUCUGAAGUAAUUUCUAUCAGUUGAAUUUUCAUUAAUCAUUUUAGGAAAUAUGUUUUAUUUUGUGGCUUUAUAUGACAACGACUUUCUCAUCAAUAGCUCAGGGAAUACGUAGUCAGCUCUUUUAUGUAAAAAAGCCACUUUCUAAUCCCCAUGCUUUCCUGAGUGUUACAAAUUUCAUUUCUUUGAAAAGGUAGGGCCUGGAGUAAAUGCUUUCCUUUGCUUUCCUUACAUAUUUAGAAAUCCAAGAAGGGCCCUUGUCUUAGUCUAUUUCUGUCACAGAGAAAUUGAUCAUUCCAAAAUAUCUACCUUAAGGGAAGCUAGUGACCGAGAUACGGAGAAAAACAUAGGCGUUCAUGACCUUUGUGUUUCCAUUUGACUUUCAACAUCUGUAACCAAAAGGUCACAAAUGAAAUACUGAGUAGAAAAUGCAAUAUCAACUUAUUAGGAGUACCUAAAAUUAUCUCUAAAUAACAUACUGUUUUCUUUAAACGAUUGCAGCAGUCAAUAAUAUAAUAUAGCCACUAGGAUAUACUCACUGUAGAACUCAGAAUAAAAUAUAUGAAUCAUCUGCUAGUCUUCAUGGUUAUGUGUAGCAGAGACUUUACUGGAAUGAGACAGGGGAAAGAUAAAAAAUGUAGAUUAGGAUUCCACAUUCCCCCCCGUCCAUCUUCUUGAUUGCUCAGUUUGAAGACACUCAUUGAUGGACAAAUACUUUAGAAAUGAAUAGACUAAAGUCAAUAGCUAAUGUUUCUCCCAGAAACAAAACAACAUAGUUUAGGGGAUAUUAGGCCUACAUCCUAACCACACUUUAAGGAAAUGAUUUCCUGCUUCCCAAGGAGCAGCCCACUCUAGGAACCAUUUUCCCAGUAAACUUUCACUGAGAAACUAUUAUAUGCCACAGAAGAGUCAAAGAUGAAUUAAAUCCAAUGCUAUCUUCCAGGAGUGAGCUUUGUAGUUGGAGAGAAAAGCCAACUCUACAGAUAAACCUGUACAUAUACCACCUAUGCUACAUUUAGGCAGAUGAUAAGCCCUAGGAAUGGAAAGAGGGAAAAGCUCCCUUUUGCCAGGAAUGAUGAAGGAAAGCUUUAUGGAAACACAGGCUGUAUAUGAAAGAUGGGUGAAUCUUUGCAGGUAGGUAAUAAGUAGGGGGCAUGUCUGGCUGAGAACUAGCCUGAUCACAGAGUGGAAAAAUGAAAGGCAGAGGUGAAGGAAUAAUAAUAAAUGUAAAAGGCUGAAAUACACAGGGAAGUGUUGCCAGUGUGCAGCAGAAUCUCAUUUUGUGCAAAAUUGAAUUAGACAUACUUCCUUGCUUCUUUCUUAUUCUGGGUAGGUACAUGUGCAGCCUUUCCUCAGAGCAUCUAGCCUGACAUACUUGGCUCAUCUGCUGUGCUUCUAAGCCGAAUAAAAAUUAUCAAACACAUCGAAGAUAUUUUUGGGAGUCACCAGGUUAAAGCAAACCUCAGUCACUGAAAGGAAAAACUGCAUUGGCCAGGUCUCCACUGACAAAACAGAGUAAACGAUAGUAUAAUAGAUAAUUUCAAGUUUUGCAAGACUCCAAUUUCUGAAAAACAUCUCGUGACUCCAAAAAAUCAUGUACUUCCUAAAAUGUUGCCAGUAGAGGACCAAAUCAAGGUUAUUGCUGACAUCAUUUUUUCAACCUUUUCAGUUAUUUGACCUGAAUAGGCAAUCCCCCAGGAUUUCUGAUUGAAUUCUACCUGAAAGUUUAGAUUUCAAAAGACAACCUGUAGGAAGCUAAGUCUCAGACAACAAAAUUUAAAACGAUCAGAACUUGUUUCUCCAAACAUCAAUCUGCUCCUGUCAAGUCCUUUUUCAUCUCUCCCUUUUGUCCCUUUACAUACUCUUUUGUAAAUUCAUUUUGAUAUCAUUUAUUGCAAGCAGUAUUUUUACAUCCAUCUUCAAGAAACAUGUUUUGGGAGACAUUUAGAAUCAACUAAAAGUGUGUGUACGUUUAGUUGUCUUGCCUCUUUAUUUCAGAUAAUGCCUGUGAUUAGUGAAUGGCGGCAUUAUUCCUGAAGACAAAUAAAAUGAAGGAAGAUAGGGACAGAGAUUGACUGUCAUUUGAAUGAUGGAAGAGAAGCUAAGAAGUAGAAUUACUGUGAGGUUACAGAAAUCAUAAGUUAGCAGACAUUGAGAAAGGAAAACUUCCUACUUGGGCUUUUCAGGCUUAUGUGACAUUAUCUGGAUGUGUUUUCUAGUCUUUCCUAAAGGAGAAAUUUUUAUUCCUGGGUUGCUGAAAUCUUUCUGGACUAAAAGGAUAUAAGCAGCUCAAUAGCAGCAUAGAGGAUUAUAGUAAAGGAACAGCACUGCAUACAGGAAACCUAAAUCUCCAAUAGUUUAGGAUGCAAGUCCUUAGCCAAACACAAGAGCAUGUAAGAUUUGGAGGACAAAGUUAAAUAUUUUAAGUUUCCAUAACCAAGAUUAUAGGCUACCUUCCCAACUUCUAAUUGAAGAGCACUGAAAACGGAGCUGUGAACACUUCAUUUUUAAAAGCUGACAACAUGGUGCUAUUGACUACUUAAUACAAAGAUAUAUUACAAUAUUUUUAGGUAAACAUAUUAAGUGUGGCCUGGGCAUAAAUGUACAUACAGAAAAUGUUUGUGGAGAAUUCAUCAAAAUCAUGCCGAUUUACUGUUGUAGAGCUACAGUAUUCUUCAAUGGUGGUGACUGACCAGUGAGUUUCUACUUCCUACAGAUGGGACAAAACAGUCAUGGGCUGUCUCAACUGCCCAAAGCCUGAGGCAGACCACAUGAGAGCUGUGGCUUCUUCUUGGAUUCAGGUUGGAUAACCCAAAUCAAUGACUAAAUAUGUACAUUUUGGGGGCAGUUGAGGGGGUGUUUUCCAGGAACUUGAAGAGUACAUGACAUUAUAAAAAAUGGGUGUUGGAAGAGUAAUUGUAGAAAUUUGACCGGAGGGCCAAUGUUACUUUGUGUAAGUUCACUCAGACAUGUCAGAACAUGCCCAAAGAAGCCUAUACCUUGCUGCUGGGAAAUGUAAAGCAGUUUGCAUGUACAAUAUGAUAAUAAAUCAUCUAAGAACCCACCAAAA